GUUGGUGGCUCUUUAAGAUUUGUUCAUUGCUUUUGAUACGACCUUAAUGCCCAACCGAAACCCUUCUUUAACCACCUCCCUAUUGCUACCAAGCAAAACACAAUCUCUCCUUCUUUCUUGAGCUUCUUUUCUCUGCCCUCUUCCCCAAACAGUUGACUUAAUGCUUCUGGAAAGGAACAGGAGAGUUGAAAGAGAAGCUUGUCGGGAGGAGGAACCAGAUGGCUACAAAGUCGCGUUUUUCUACGGUCAUCCGACCGUCUCUUCCAUCUAUCUCUGUGCUCUGUUACGACAUACUUGCCUUGCUUGCUUGCACGAUCCUCAAAGGUCUUCUCCUUCGUUCUGGUGACGGGAUUCACAUGAAGCUAGUGAUUUCUUUCCCGACCUGAAGACUCCUCUUUCUUGCGGCCGUGGGAGCUAUCGUGGCUAAGGGAUAGAUUCAAUCGUGAGAAGAAACUUACGGCGAUCAUCAACUCCAGAUUUGCAUAACAAAAUCACCCUUCCAACCUCAUCACAAUCCGAUGAUGACUGAAAAGGCAAUGGAUAAGUAUUCAGUCUCAGUAAAUCCAAAUGCAAAAGAUGGUAUGAAGAAGCAUUUCACUGGGGCAAUGAUUACUAGAGGUUCAUCAAUUCCUUCAACCAGCAAGGAAAAGCCUCUACCUAAUUAUCUAAGAGCUUAUACCAACUCGUGCCAUGAUUUUUGCAAGUAUGGAUGGAAAGAACCUCUUAAGACUGACACAAAGCUUCCUUCAGUUCUUCCCAAAUUGAAUGACAAUUUGAAGAAGCAUUCAACUGGAGGAAUGAUUACUACAGGUUCAUCACUUCCUUCAACCAGCAAGAAAAAGGCUCUACCUCAUUAUCUAAGAACUUGUACCAACUCCUGCCAUAAAUUUUGCAAGGAUGGAUGGAAACAAGCUUUUGAGACUGACACAAAGCCUCUUUCAGUUCUUCGCAAAUUGAACAACAAUUUGGAGAAGCAUUCAACUGGGGGAAGGAUUACUACAGGCUCAUCACAUCCUUCAACCAGCAAAGUAAAGCCUCUACCUCGUUAUCUAAGAGCCUCUUCUAAUGCCUGCCAUGAUUUUUGCAAGCGUGGAAGGAAACAAGUUUUUGAGGCUGAGAGAAAGCAUCCUUCAUUUCUUCUCAAGUUAAACAACAAAUCAAAGAAGCUUUCAACUGGGGGAAGGAUUACUACUGGUAUAUCACUUCCUUCAACCAGCAAGGUAAAGAUUCUACCUCGUUAUCUAAGAGCUUCUACUAACUCCUGCCAUGAUUUUUGCAAGUAUGGGUGGAAAUAUGAUUUCAUGGCUGAGACAAAGCCUUUGUUUUUUCCCAAUUCGAUCAACAAGUUUACUCUGAGAGAUGAGUCAUAUCAAGUAAACAAAUUACAUGUAGAAGAGAGAAACCCUUGUGCGAUCAAGCUGAAGCCCUCAUCUCAUAGAAAAGCCAAAUUUCCUGAUAAACCAGCUGUCAAUAAGGAAAAGUUUUCUUCAAAGAACAUCAAGGAUGGAUUUUUAGAGUUCCCUGUCAAGAUUAAGUUGCAAUCACCAAUAUCAACACAAACAAGCAGUAUAUCUAAUGAUCAUAUAGUUAUUCCAAUUUUGACGAAUGAAGAAUCUCAGGUGAGAUACACUAAUCCAAGGGAUCAAAAGAUGAAACAAGUUAUCAAAUCAAAGAAUCUGAUCGAGUCACAUUCAUUUUCUUACCAUCAUAAAGUUGGUGAACAAUCUACUGACAAUGGAUUUGAUGCACGACAGAAGACUGGUAUCAUCAAGAAGAGGACUUUAUCUCUAUGGGAAGCCAGUUCAUCUUUUAAACCUAAACUGGUUAAGCAAACAUCUUUGAAGAGCAACAUCACACAUAAGAUACCAGUUCCUAGUAAGAUCACUCCUGUUAGUGCUGCAUCUAAGAAGGUCAGUGAGAUAACAACUGUAGCAUCAAGAUCUGUGCUUUCUCCUUCACAUGAACCAACUGGACGAAGAAAUGGGAAAGAAGUUCUUGCUAAGAGUGGUGAAAAGAAAGAUAUGCUAGAAAAGAAGAUGUUGAAACCAUCCACAGCUUCUCCAUCUCUCACGUAUAUUGGUGAUGGUGUCUUGAGUUUGAACCACAGGAAACACAAGCAUGGAAAGGAAGUGAUCCCUGACAAGAAUCAAGAAGUUGGAAAAGCCCAAUAUGAUAGUGAGAACAAUGAGGAGAAAACAUUGUAUGUUAAUAAGAGACCUGAGAAAGCUGGUUUGGAUUCUACAGUGCAGAAAUCAUCAAAAACAGGGAAUGUUGUCUGUGAUUCCUCAAAGCAACCACUACUGAAAUGUGAAAAUAGUGAUAUGGAUUUCCCACUGCAGGAAAUGCUCGAGCCGGAAAAUGCUGACACCGAGAACAUCAAUCUUCAUUCCUUUGAACUGAAUCUUGAUCAUCAGAAAUUGAUUGAACAAACGAGUGUUGAUAUAAAUUUUCCAGAGAAGAAAUUGUUGAACCCAGAGAACUCAGAGAAUGUCAUUAUAGUGAAGCCAGAAAAUGCUGACAUGGGUAUCCUAGGGAAGAAUUUUCUGGAACUAGAGAAUGGUAAUUUUGAUUCCUUUGAGUUGGAUCUUGAUGAUCAGAAAUUGCUUGAACAAAAGAAUGCCGACAUCGAUUUCCUAAAGCAAAAAUUAAUGAACCCAGAGAACCUAGAGAAUGUCGAUAUACUCAAGUCAGGGAAUACUAACAUGAGUGUCGUAGGGCAAAAAUUGCUAGAACUAGAUAACAUUAAUCUUCAUUUGUUUGGACUGAAUCCUGAUGAUCAAGAACAAAAGAAUGUCGAUAUGGAUUUCUUAGAGAAGAAUUUGUUGAACCCAGAAAAGAUAGAGAAUAUCAAUAUGCUCAAGCCCGAGAAUGCUAACAUGGGUGUCCUAGGGCAAAAAUUGCUGGAACUAGAGAACACUAACUUUGAUUGCUUCAAAUUAAAUCCUGAUGAUCAGAAAUUGCUCGAACAAAAGAAUUUCGAUUUAAAUUCACUAGAGAAGAAAUUUGUAAAUUCAGAUGACCCAAAUAACUCAGCAUAUAUUGAUUUGUUUAAGCCAGAGAAUGCUGACAUGGAUGUUUUAGGGCAAAAUUUACUGGAACUAGAGAACAUCAAUCUUGAUUCCUUUGAACUGAAUCCUGAUAAUAAGAAAUUGUUUGAACAAAAGAAUAUCGAUAUGGAUUUGCUAGAUGAUUCCUCAGAACUGAAACAUGAUGAGGAUUGGAAAAUGGUCAAAUUAAAAAAUGUUGAUAUGAGUUUUCUAGAGCAAGAUUCGUUGAUGCCAGAGGAAAUAGAUUUCGAGUCCCUGGAAACAGAACCUACCAACCAGAAAUUGCUCGAGCUAGGCAAGGAUUACAUGGAUUCCCCAGAGCUGAAAUUACUGAAACCAGAGGACAUCAAUCUUGUAGACACCUUGGAACUGAAAUCUGAUGGCGCCGAUGUGAAUUUUCUACGAGAGAAAUUGUUGAAAUUAGAGAACAUUGAUGUUGAUGCUCUGGAACUGAAACCUAGUGAUGACCAACCAUCCCAAUCUGCUACAGAUGAUGUGGAAGAGAUUGAGGAAUCAGAGUCUGCUUCUUCCGAAACAACUGAAUUGGACUCGCAGAAUGAGAUUAAGGAAGACAAUGAGAUGGAUUGCAUGGACUCCCCAGAGCUGAAAUUGCUGAAACCAGAGGACAUCAAUCUUGUUGACACCUCGGAACUGAAAUCUGAUGAUGCCGAUGUGAAUUUUCUACAAGAGAAAUUGUUGAAAUUAGAGAGCAUUGAUGUUGAUGCUUUGGAACUGAAACCUAGUGAUGACCAACCAUCCCAAUCUGCUACAGAUGAUGUGGAAGAGAUUGAGGAAUCAGAGUCUGCUUCUUCCGAAACAACUGAAUUGGACUCUGAGAAUGAGAUUAAGGAAGACAAUGACAUGGAUUGCAUGGAUUCUCCAGAGCUGAAAUUGCUGAAACCAGAGGACAUCAAUCUUGUUGACACCUUGGAACUGAAAUCUGAAGACGCUGAUGUGAAUUUUCUACAAGAGAAAUUGUUGAAAUUGGAGAACAUUGAUGUUGAUGCUUUGGAACUGAAACCUAGUGAUGACCAACCAUCCGAAUCUGCUACAGAUGAUGUGGAAGAGAUUGAGGAAUCAAAGUCUGCUUCUUCCGAAACAACUGAAUUGGACUCGCAGAAUGAGAUUAAGCAAGACAAUGAGAUGGAUUGCAUGGACUCCCCAGAGCUGAAAUUGCUGAAACCAGAGGACAUCAAUCUUGUUGACACCUUGGAACUGAAAUCUGAUGACGCCGAUGUGAAUUUUCUACAAGAGAAAUUGUUGAAAUUGGAGAACAUUGAUGUUGAUGCUUUGGAACUGAAACCUAGUGAUGACCAACCAUCCCAAUCUGCUACAGAUGAUGUGGAAGAGAUUGAGAAAUCGGAGUCUGCUUCUUCCGAAACAACUGAAUUGGACUCUGAGCAUGAGAUUAAGGAAGACAAUGAGAUGGAUUGCAUGGAUUCUCCAGAGCUGAAAUUGCUGAAACCAGAGGACAUCAAUCUUGUUGACAUCCUGGUACUGAAAUCUGAAGACGCCGAUGUGAAUUUUCUACAAGAGAAAUUGUUGAAAUUGGAGAACAUUGAUGUUGAUGCUUUGGAACUGAAACCUAGUGAUGACCAACCAUCCCAAUCUGCUACAGAUGAUGUGGAAGAGAUUGAGAAAUCGGAGUCUGCUUCUUCCGAAACAACUGAAUUGGACUCUGAGCAUGAGAUUAAGGAAGACAAUGAGAUGGAUUACAUGGAUUCUCCAGAGCUGAAAUUGCUGAAACCAGAGGACAUCAAUCUUGUUGACAUCCUGGUACUGAAAUCUGAAGACGCCGAUGUGAAUUUUCUACAAGAGAAAUUGUUGAAAUUGGAGAACAUUGAUGUUGAUGCUCUGGAACUGAAACCUAGUGAUGACCAACCAUCCCAAUCUGCUACAGAUGAUGUGGAAGAGAUUGAGAAAUCAGAGUCUGCUUCUUCCGAAACAACUGAAUCGGACUCUGAGCAUGAGAUUAACGAAGACAGUGACAAUUGUGAAUCUUUAAAAAGUGAACAGAAGAGAAUAGUCAGAAGAGAUGCGAUUGUUCAUCAUCGGGAAGAUGAGUUUUCCAUACCACACAAAUUAAAGUUUACGAGAGGUAAGGCGAUUGAACUUCAGCCUGAAAACAAUGGUCCAAAAAGGCUAAGAUUCAGGAGAGGAAGAAUGGUGGAUAGAAACGUCAACAGCAGUCACUUAGAGAGGGAGAACUUCCAAAGGAGUGAGAUGGCCGACGUGGUAACUGACUCAAAACCAGAAACUCAAAGCAUUGUGCUAAAACACCAAGAUACACAGGAGAAGGAUGUGCGAGGCUUAUUCAACAAUGUGAUAGAAGAAACCACGAAUAAACUAGUGGAGACUAGGAAGAGCAAGGUGAAGGCAUUGAUCGGUGCAUUCGAAAUUGUGAUCUCUCUCCAAUAGAGCAAACUAGAAUCUACAAUGACAUUCUUUUUCUGAUAACUGACUCAAUGCUAGUAGUAGAACUGUCAGUGUUCACUUCAUCCAAUGUUGAUAAAGUGAAAAAAAAUUGUAUCAUAGAGUAGUAGUGUGGAUAUACAAAGUAUACAUGAACUUGGAUAUGGGAAGAUGCUUGUCUAAAUAUGUCAACAUGUUCAGGGAAGUUGGCUCAUUCGAAAAGUUCUUGUGGGGUGGUACAAGUGAUUCCUGUCAUGGAACCUAUUCCUGUAAUGGUACUUAUCCCUUGUAGUCAGUAAGUGCACUGUUCUCUUUGGCGGGACAUAUUUUCAUACUUGUAUAGAGUAGUUGUCUUUGGUUUGAGAUUCUACUGAAUAAGAGGUGCUUUUUCUUUGU